GAAGCCCUUCCCGCAGGUGGGUGGCGCAGGUGGAGGCCACGCAUUGCUCCUCCGCCGCCUCCCUCUCCCGUCCAUUCCUCCGCAGAGAAGCCAACAGGAGCACUACAGAGGGAUUCCGUGGGCUACCAAAUGUCACCGAUCAAGCCGUCCUUAGCCGACGAAAUCCUCCAGCAACUGCCUCUGGCGGAGAAGACGGCCGUAUGGGGCACUUUGGGGACCAUCCGGCCUCACCUGAGUUUCGACGUGGAGAGAGAUGUCCAAACCCUCCUCCAAGCCGUAAGCGGCGAAGGUGUCCACUGCGAAGCCAUCCUCGACCUCUUGACCAGUCGGAGUGAUGACCAGCGCCAGCAAAUCGUGGAGGAGUUUCUGGACUUCACAAAACAGGACUUGUUGAAAACCCUGGAAGCCGCUGUGCCUGUGGACCUCGAAACCGUCGUAGUUGGGUUGCUGAAGCCAAAGGCCCAGUUUGAUGCCCACGAAAUCAAAGACGCUCUGGAGGCUUCCGAGGCAGAAACGUUGACCGAAAUCCUGUCCACCCGAACAAAACAGCAGCUCCGGGAAAUCUUGGAUUUUUAUCAGCAUGAUUUUCAAUCGGAUUUGGAGACGGAUAUUGUUUUGAGGACCGGCGGCUUCCUGAAAGAUCUCUUGGUUGCCUUGAUCCAGGGUAACCGGGAAAGAUACACCGGAGUCAUCGACUACGUCUUGAUAAAGCAAGAUACAAAGGCUCUUACCGAAGGCAGUGGCGGCGAUUCGGGGAGGCCGAAGGAGAACGAAUGGAUCCGUGUCCUCACCCAGCGCAGCCCUGAGCACCUCAACCGAGUGUUCAGCUGUUACCACAAUUCAACCGGGUGGAGGAUCGAAGACGCCAUCGACAAAUACUUCCAGGGGAUCGACCGAGAGUCCGGCUUGACGCUGGUCUCUGUUCUCCGAAACACACCCUUCUAUUUUGCCACGAAACUCUACCAAGCUCUUAAGGGUCCAGGGUCCAGUCUGAAAACAGUGGUGCGGAUCAUGAUUUCCCGGAGCGAAACCGACCUCCUGAGCAUCCGGGCCGAGUUCAAGAAACACUUUGGCGUCUCUCUCUAUUCCUUGAUCGGGAUGGACACGAAGGGCCACUUCCGGCUGGCUUUGCUCGGCCUCUGCCGGGCAGAAGAUCUGUGAAGACGAGCCUCCAUGGACAGGAGAAAACUACCUUUCAGUCCCAAACCUUUCCCUUCAAACUUCUGAAUUAAAAAAGUACAACAAUUCAAGAGUUGUUCUGUUUUGUGCUUCUGAAUAAACAAGACAUGGAAAAAACGAUAAGAA